AUGGAGCUGGCAACUGGAGCAGGAGUGCUCCUUGUUCUCUUUCUGCUCACGACCUUGUCCUUCAAACUUCACAAAGCUAGAGGCCAGCUACCUCCAGGACCCACCCCCUGGCUCUUUCUGGGGAACCUCCUGCAGAAAGAUGCCCUGCCUCUACACAAAACCUUCCCCAAGCUUUUUGAGAAGUAUGGCUCAAUCUUCACCCUCUGGCUGGGGCCAAAGCCGCUGGUUGUGCUUUGUGGAUAUGAUGCGGUCAAAGGUGCAUUGGUGGAUCACGCUGAAGCGUUUGGCGGGCGGCCACCCAUACCUCUCAUUGAAAAAGUGUCUGGUGGCUACGGGCUCAUCAACUCAAACAAUGCAAAAUGGAGGGAACUGCGCCGCUUCACUCUCUCCACACUGAGGAACUUUGGCAUGGGGAGGAAACCGAUGGCUGAGCGGAUGCAAGAGGAGGCAAACUGCCUGGUGGAAGCGAUGGCAGCCAAACAAGGGCAGGCCUUUGAUGCAAUGCCAGAUAUCACAGCUGCUGUUUCCAAUGUGCUCUGCUCUGUUAUCUUUGGGAAUCGAUUCAGCUAUGAAGACCCCAAAUUAAAGGAGCUCUCGGAUUUAAUCAAGGACUUUGUGGGCCUCUUUUUGCGUGUCACCGGAGUGGUGUACAAUGCUAUCCCAAGGAUCAUGGACUUCUUACCUGGACCCCACAAGACUUUCUUCUCUGACUCUUCCAAGCUCUGCCAGUUUAUCCGGGAUAUAGUGGAAUCUCACAAAUUGAACCUGGAUCCACAAAAUCCUGAUGAUUUUAUUGACUGCUUCCUGCUCAGGUUGAAUAAGGAACAAAGCUCUGCUCAGAAUAUCUGUACUGAAGACCUAGUGAUGACUACGCUUAUCCUCUUCGUUGCUGGUAUAGAGACCUCAACCACUAGCAUCUUGUAUGGCCUCCUGUUGUUGGCAAGGUUCCCGCACAUUCAAGCCAAAGUCCACCAGGAGAUUGAUGAGGUUGUUGGAGUCAACCGUGCUCCUGGCAUGGAGGACAGGGUGAAGAUGAACUACACCAAUGCAGUUAUCCAUGAGAUUCAGCGUUACCAGCGAGGGAGUGGUGAGGCCUUUCCACGUUUGACAACUCAGGAUGUGGAUUUCAAGGGCUACACCAUCCCUCAGGGCACCUUAGUUGUUCCACUGCUCAUGUCUGUGCAUUUUGACCCAGCCUACUGGGAGACUCCUGAAAAGUUUGACCCGGGUCACUUCUUGGAUGCAGAGGGUGGAUUCAGGAAGAAUGAUGCCUUUAUGCCUUUCUCUGCAGGGAAGAGGGCCUGCCCAGGAGAGGGUCUGGCCAGCAUGGAGCUUUUCCUCUUCAUUGCCACCCUGCUCCAGAACUUCACCUUUCAACUGGUUACAAACUCCAAUGAGAUGGACAUGGAUAAAAUGUUUCUUGAUUGCAGAGAAAUGGGGGAGCACCGCCUGUUACGAGCCACCAGACGUAAAAAUGUGAAAUGAGAAGGAAAUUCAUGAUUCCAGAAAUACUCAGAUACCCAGAACUAGGUCUCUCUGUCUCCGUGUGUCUCUCUGUUUCUCUGUCCAA